AUGGUCGGGUUCGGCAUCAUGGACAACACCAUCAUGAUUCACGCAGGCGAGAUGAUUGAUGAGCACCUGGGCAUGGCUUUGGGGCUUAGCACUAUGGCCUCUGCAGCUGCUGGACAAGUGAUUUCUGACUUUUCAGGCGUCUGCUUUGGUGGCACUUUGGAGGCUGCUGCAUCGAAGCUGGGGCUGCGCCACCCUGCCUUAUCAGACAAGCAGCGGCAGAUGUCCGUUGUGAAACUGCUGGGCACAGCCGGCUCUGCCAUAGGAGUCCUGUGUGGCUGUCUUUUGGGCAUGCUGAAUCUGCUGUUCUUGGACUUGCGGAAAGUCGAAAGGCAGAAGAAGCAUGCAGAGCUGCAGACAAUCUGCAAGACGUUUGCAGUCGAUGGCCCUGCCCACUUUGAAGCCGAGCGCUGCACACUUUACAUUCGCGACUCCGAGGAUAAAUACCUUUGGACGUUUGCCAAGCGAUGGCAACUCAGUGAUGCACAGCUUAGCGAGUUCAAGUCGUUCACAGAAGAGCAGGAUUAUAGCGACGGUGCGAUUGCAAGUGCGCUUGCGGAGUUACACUUCAAGGCAUCGGAAAUCGCACACCUAGUCAGAAAGUCGAAGGAAGUCUCAUCUGACGAAUUCAGAGUUUACUUGGAACAACAACUGGAAAGGCCGACAAGGAUAAAGUUGCGAGCGGGCGGCACGAAGAAGUAUGUCGUUGAUGCAAAGAAGCUGCUGAAUACCCCGGUCGUGUACUCCGACCCUCGGUUUGCGGCAACACAUAGGAACACGGGAAGCGGGACUCGUGCCUGCAGCGUCCUUGUGUGCCCGAUUCUCAGCAAACGUUCUGGGGAAGUGUUGGGCGUGCUUGAAGUCAUCAACAAAAUGCCAAAACGGCCUCAGAAGCCGGUCUUCACAGAAAUGGACGAGAAGCUCGCCCUGAUGAUGUGUUCACAUGUCGCAAGCAUUGUGGACACAAUCUGCAUCCUGGACGCAUAUCAAGUUUAUGAGGAUUUCUUCAAUGGCACUGAUCCUGAGGCACGUGACUUCCUGCUAAUGAACGGCGGGGCGGCAGACAGCGGCAGCGAAAGUGACGACAGCAUGGAGGGCGAGCUGGCCGUCGCACCCGCUGAUGACGCUCGUGCUGGACGCCAGGCAGAGGCCGCACGUGAUUCUUCACCUCCUCGGCUCCCGCCAGAGAUGGCCAAAGCAGUGGGCGAGCAGGGCGAGGCUUUGGCUUCUUCCGUGGACCAGUUCUCAGCAAUGCUCAACGGGGUCCUUUCUACAACGCUGCGUCGGGAUUCUGGUGGACAUGAAGGCCGUCUUCAUACUGCCAAGGCAAAAGCAGGCUCGGGACGGCCGAGGCGACGUCCUGCAAAAAAAGCUCGCGCUCCCGCCAAACCGCAUAUGCAGGCUUGGAAGUGCUGGCGAGGGGCGGGGCGUAUCAGGCAGGUCUGCAACAAACGCCUCGCGGGGAGGAGUAGGCGAGCAGCUGCGCAGAAGGAACCUGUCUGCCAGAACAAUUUGCCCUCCUGCACAACUCCGAACUUGUCGAAUCUGCCUCGAUUCCUUGGCUCGCAGCUGUUUUUUGUUUUUUUAGACACGGCAGGAGCCAGAAACACUGUACAGUACAACAACAUGACUGGCGACAGCCGUGUCGUCGCGGUGGGAGCCGUGGCAGCCACCGUUGCUUGCACGGCCUUUGUGGGCACAGCGCCCUCCAAGGGCCCAGGCAGUGCACCUGCACUCCGGGCAGGGGCAGCAGCAGCAGUGCCAGCCCGGGCCUCCACUAACUCAUCCACAGCCGUGGCGGCUGCUGCUGCUGCUCUUGCCGGCUUUGGCCUGGCAGCAAGAAACCGCCAGCAACGUGCUGGGCAGGCCAAGACUCUGCGGCACUUCUUCGGAGAAGCGGAGACCGAGACGCAGGUGGCAGAGGUUACGGCGGUCCCGGUCACACAGCACCCACCGGGCUCUCGAAUUCCCGAGGGAACUCCCACGCCCCACCCUAUGGCUAUCAGAAAGAGGCCCAGACGAAAUCGCCGCAUGCCGGCACAGCGAAAUAUGUUCUCGGAAACCAGGCUGACUGCCGCGAACUUCAUCCUCCCGAUCUUCGUGCACGAGGGAACGGAAGACAUCCCCAUCAGCUCCAUGCCAGACGUGUCCCGCGUCGGAGUGGACACAGGACUUCUCCGUGAAGUUGAAGAGGCUGUGAAGCUGGGGGUCAAGUCCGUUGUGCUUUUCCCGAAAACGCCGGAUGAGCUGAAGACACAGACUGCCGAGGAGUGCUUCAACCCAGCGGGCCUGGCACAGAGAGCGAUCAGCAAUGUGAAGAAGGCUUUUCCAGACUACGGAGCAACACCAAGGAAGUAUGCAGCAGCACUGCAUGUUUUUUUGCAAGUCGGCAUGUGCGUAAAGUAUCAGAGAAAUUGCGUCCGCAGCCAUCUUGUUCGAAUGAAGCAGGCAGAGAUGCUGCUGCGAAUGCUAUCGCAAGCUAGCGAAGGCGAUUGCCUGCAUCACUUGCCACGGUUCAUUGAAAAGGACAUCAAUGCUCGCAGUGCAGACGGAGCAACUGCAUUGCAUUUUGCGGCAUCUGCUGGGUACGCCGAUGUCUGCUUGGAGCUCUUGGAAUCACCCUUAUUCAUGCAGGUGAACGAUCAAGACGCAUCCGGAUGCACGGCCUUGCACUACGCCGCCUGCAAAGGGCAUCGGGAGGUCUGCCAGGCCCUGCUUCAGCACUGGCGAUUUUCAGCACAGGAUACUCAGGAUUUUUACAACGGCUGGACGGCCCUGCAUGUUGCUGCUGCCCACGGCCAACGAACCGCAUGCAGCACUUUGUUGGAGAGUCCACGCUUCAAAGUCUUGACUGCGAGAGACAAGAAUGGUAUGACGGCGCUGCACGUCGCCGCAGCUCGUGGGCGUGCGGACGUGUGUUCUGCGCUUUCCGACCAUCAUGCAUUUGCCGGUGGUGCUGCUGUAGACAACUUCGGAAGAACCGUCCAUGCUAUGCGACAGGAACCGACGCUCAAGGACAGAGGUGUGCAGACAAUUCAGGUUCCGAAAGGCGUUGCAAAACGGACGCCAUCUACCAAGGCCAAGCCACAGAUGGAAAAGUGGCAAAGUUUGGCAAAGUGGACUUCGCACCUACAAAAGAUACAGGACGAGGCUCCCGUUAUUCCGACGCAACUCCUGGAGCACGAAGUGGUAUCAGCACGGCCCGGGCAGGUAGGAGAGCAGACGAGCAUGGUCCAGGGAGGGAGCAGUGUCAAAGACUUCGGUGCAGCCCGAGGCAAGGAGGACGAACAGGCGCCUCACAACCUUCACUCGAUUGACCCCGGGGCUUCCAAUCACAGCGAUGCUCAGGCCAUGGCGGCACAGGUAGGUCAACCGAGACGUUCGAGCAACGGGACAUUUACCGACAAGGCCGUGGGAAAUCUUCCCGUGGCAAGACCUGAGCUGGAAGAAGAUGACGAACAGUUUGCAGCAGGAUCUGGGGAUUCAUCUACGACAACCGCGCAUACAACCCGUGCAGAGGGGGGAAGUCCCGACGAAAGGAAGCCGUCAGCAUCAGCCGCUGGUGACGCAACAGGGCACCCCACCAAGGUCGCCAUACCGACUACAUCAGAAUCAGAAGGCAGCAAGCCUGCGAAGCCCGCAGUGCCUGCAGAGCCUGAAGAUGCUGACCUGCCUGAAAGCACCAAGAAGAAAGAGGAUCCAGCAAAGGCGUCGGCAGACGCUUUAGACCGCGAGGCGGCCACCAAGAGGGAAGACAGGGACGGUCCUCUGGAGGAUCUACCCGCCCAAGACGCUGCACAGCGGCCUGUGAACCACGAGUCAGAGAGGAACAUGGUCUCGGAGGUGGAGGGAGAUCUGAAGGAAGGGAACCAAUUCGAGACUUAUGACAAAACCCAAGGAAGUGUGGAGCAGAGCAGUAAGGUGGCAGAGGAGAGCAAGACAGCGGCCAAUGCGCCAAAGCCAGGCGACGAAAUGGAUGGCAACCUCCAGGCUGCUCAAGGCGAAGAACAGGGAAAAGGCAGCUCUGAUGGAGGACGCGCGAAGAAGAACCGUCAGGAGAGGAGGGAAAAAUUGAAGGUCCGGCAGCUCGAUAAAUUGGAUGCGGAACCACCUCGGACGAUCCGCAACAAGUUGAAGGACGUCAUGAAACAAGACGCCACUGAUCAUCAACAGCCAGAGGCUCAAAACGCCCAGGAAGCAUCAAAGCCAGAAGAGGAGGAAAAAGCUAGGCAAGCCGCAGAGACCGCAGCAAUGGCGGAAGAAGAUCAGAAGGCAAGGGAAGUUGCAAGGGCGGAGGAGGAGAGAAAGGCACGGGAAGCCGCAGAGGCUGCAGAGGCAGCGGCAAGAGCGGAGGAGGAGGAGGAGAGAAAGGCACGGGAAGCCGCAGAGGCUGCAGAGGCAGCUGCCGAAGAUGAUGAAGCAGGACAUCAAGCAGAGGACCAUCAUUCGUCGAAUGAAGAGGACGAGAACAAAGUAGCUGAUGCCAGUGGAGGCAAAGAUAAGAAGAAGAAACUCAAGAAGCCGAGACAGAACCAGGGCGAAGCAGAACCCAAGAAGAAAGGCAAAAAGAAGAAGAAAGACAUUAUAGUUACCGUCGGCCAAGUCACCUUCGCAGUGGUGUACACGGAUGUCGCGCUGGAUCCCUACAACUCGCUAGGACAUGACGGCAUCGUCCGGUCUGAUGGUGUCAUCCUGAACGACGAAACGAUCGCUUACCUUUGCAAGCAGGCUGUGUCUCAAGCAGAAGCGGGUGCUGACUACGUGAGCCCCAGCGACAUGAUGGAUGGGCGAAUUGGUGCAAUCCGUGAUGCUCUUGAUGAAGCCGGAUUCACCAACGUGGGCAUCAUGGCAUACAGUGCCAAGUAUGCCUCGGCUUUCUAUGGGCCUUUCCGAGAGGCAUUGGAUUCCAACCCGGUCAUUGCGGAAGAUUGGCAGGUGCCCAAAGGGAAGGAGACCUACCAGCAGGAUCCAGCCAACUACAAGGAAGCUUUGCUGGAGGCAGCACUGGACGAGGAAGAGGGUGCGGACAUACUGAUGGUAAAGCCGGCUAUGCCGUACCUCGACAUCAUCAAGGGCUUGCAUGAGCAGAGCAACUUGCCAAUUGCCGCCUAUCAUGUCUCCGGAGAAUAUGCCAUGCUCAAGGCUGCAGCUCUGAACGGCUGGCUGGAUGAGAAGGCCGUGGUUCUGGAGGCCCUUCUCUCAAUCAGACGUGCUGGUGCCACGGUCAUCCUUACCUACUACGCCAAGCAGGCGGCGCGAUGGCUGCAAGAGGAGGAUGCCUGA